ACGCAUUUGAUCGCCUCCUCAUCUCAUUCAUCAAGGCACCACUUUAGCAACCCCGCCAAUCGACUGGCUUCCAUCGGACACGAUAACACAGCAGCGCUGGGAACGCGGUCCUGUGUCCAGUUGACUGCCCUUGCAUCCCGCAGCUUGCAAGGAUGACAGCUCCACGCGCAUUGAUCUUCAUUGCGCAGGGCACAGAGGAAACAGAGUUUGUGGCCACGUAUGAUGUGCUGGUCAGAGGGGGCGUACAAGUCACUUCGGUCCAUGUCGGUUCUUCCAACCACAACGCUCAAGAUCCUCAUGCUGCCGAACUAGUCAAGUGUUCUCGAGGCGUGCUGAUCAAGCCGGACAAGAAGCUGGACGAGCUAGCUGGCAAGAUCGUCUUUUCAUUCAUCGGCAUUGUUUGCACUCGUGUCGCUAAUCAGGCGCUAGAGUACGACGCGUUCAUCGUUCCAGGAGGGAAUGAAGGCUCAGCCACCAUUUCGGCCAACGAGGAUGUUCAAGCUUUGUUGAGCGCCGCUUACGGCAAGGGAAAAGUGGUGGCUGCUAUAUGCGCAGGCAGUCUAGCUAUCAAAGCAGCAGGAGUAGCAAAGGAUAGUCCCAUCACUUCUCAUCCUUCCGUCAAGGAUCAGCUGGACGCAGAGUAUCACUACAAGGAGGAUAGCGUGGUUGUCAGCGAUAAGCUCAUCACUAGUCGAGGGCCGGGAACAUCGCUUCACUUUGGUCUUGCAAUCGUCGAGGCACUGCAGGGCAAGGAGAAGAGGGAUGAGAUCGAGAAACCUUUGAUGCUGCCCUCCAACGCCUGACUAGCAUGGCAUCCUAGCCCAGCACACGGCUCAGCGAGCCGUCUCUGACGAAUACGGAGCGAGACGAGCCCGUUGAUUAUCUUCUGCAUGAUCGCUUGCGCAAGGUGCAUGAAGUCGAUGUCAAUAUCCAAUGAUCGAUUCAUAGCGCCACGCGAUCGUGCAGCCCUGCAUCUCAGUUGAAGGAAGAGU